AUGGAAUCGGAACCAAUAGAUGUCAGUGAGCAGCAGCCAGAGGCUUCAAGUGGUGGAAAAAAGGAGUCUCCGAAGGAAAAAGAGGAGGAUGACAAAUAUUUCUCUUCUGGUGGUGAAUCCACUGAUGACACAGCAGCAUCUGAUUAUGAGGUUUUAGACAGAUUGCAUGCUUCUUCAAGAACAUCUGGAAGAAGAUCAACAAAGCAGGAGGCACGGGAAAAGGCCGAUGAGGCCGAAAAAAGAGCUCUGGCUAUGGAUAGGCCUUCAGACUUUGUUCCGGACUCUGUUUCGAGGAUUUUUCCAGAUAAUGCCUCCAGACCAUUGUGGAUCAACCCACUCGAUGGCCGCAUUUACUUGGAGAGCUUUUCCCCUCUUUUUGAGCAGGCACAAGACUUCCUUAUCACAAUUGCAGAACCUGUCAGCAGGCCAAGUUUCAUACACGAAUACAGGAUCACAACACAUUCGUUAUAUGCGGCGGUGUCCGUCGGAUUAGAGACCGAUGAUAUUAUUUCCGUUUUGAACCGUCUUUCGAAAGUUCCGGUGGCCCCUAGUGUUGUCGAAUUUAUAAAACAAGCAACGCACUCUUACGGAAAGGUGAAGUUGGUGUUGAAACACAACAGGUUUUUUGUGGAGUCAUCGCAGGCGGAUAUUCUCCGGAUGUUGUUGCAUGAUGAGGUGAUUGGGAAGCUUCGGUUUAGGCCUGGAAAGAACGGAAACAAUAAUGAAAACACAAAAAAUUCAUCAAGCAACAACAACAACAACAGCACUAAGGACAGCAACGAUAAUUUGGCCAUUGCCGAGGCCGCGGUGCCAAGCUAUGCAUUUGGGAAAAAUACCGUGGAUAAAAACAACAACAAGAAGGAGGAAAGCGCAAAGGAUAACGAAGAGGAGGAAGAUGUUGAAGAUAUAUAUGAAAGUGUCAUUGGAGAUGAGGGAGACGAGGCAGAAGAUGAUAUAGACAAAGUGCAUUCGUUCGAGAUCGCAACGGAAUCGGUGGAAAUUGUCAAAAAAAGAUGCCAGGAGAUCGACUAUCCAAUGUUGGAGGAGUAUGACUUCAGGAACGAUGUGAGAAACGCCAACUUGGAGAUCGACUUGAAGCCAUCGACACAGAUCAGACCUUACCAGGAGAAGUCUCUUAGUAAGAUGUUUGGUAACGGACGUGCCAGAUCCGGUAUCAUUGUCUUGCCUUGUGGUGCUGGUAAAACUUUGGUUGGAAUUACUGCGGCCUGCACAAUCAGGAAGUCUGCAAUUGUUUUGUGCACUUCCUCCGUGUCUGUGAUGCAGUGGCGGCAGCAAUUCUUGCAGUGGUGCACAAUCCAGCCCAAUCAGAUUGCAGUUUUCACUUCUGAGAAUAAGGAAAUGUUUAGUGGCGAUUCUGGAUUGGUCAUUUCAACGUAUUCUAUGGUUGCUAAUACCAGAAACAGGUCUCACGACUCACAGAAGGUUAUGGACUUCAUCACUUCCAGAGAGUGGGGUUUCAUUAUAUUGGAUGAGGUGCACGUUGUGCCUGCUGCAAUGUUUAGAAGAGUUGUUACCACCAUUGCAGCACAUGCAAAGCUCGGAUUAACGGCUACUUUGGUCCGUGAGGACGAGAAAAUCUCGGAUUUGAACUUCCUUAUCGGACCAAAGCUAUAUGAGGCCAACUGGAUGGAGUUGUCACAAAAGGGCCACAUUGCAAAUGUUCAGUGUGCAGAGGUGUGGUGUCCAAUGCCUGCUGAGUUUUACCAGGAGUAUCUCCGGGAAAAUGCGAGAAAGCGGAUGCUAUUAUACAUUAUGAAUCCGACAAAGUUCCAGGCAUGCCAGUUCUUGAUUCACUACCAUGAAAAUAGAGGAGACAAGAUUAUUGUCUUCUCAGAUAACGUCUAUGCUUUGGAGCAAUACGCAUUGAAGCUUGGAAAACCGUUCAUUUACGGCUCAACUCCGCAACAGGAGAGAAUGAACAUUCUUCAAAACUUCCAGUACAAUGAGCAGGUGAACACGAUAUUCUUGUCAAAGGUCGGCGACACAUCGAUCGACUUGCCGGAGGCCACCUGCUUAAUUCAGAUAUCGUCUCAUUACGGAUCCAGAAGACAGGAGGCACAAAGAUUGGGACGUAUUUUGCGUGCCAAAAGAAGAAACGACGAGGGAUUCAACGCUUUCUUUUAUAGUUUAGUGUCAAAAGAUACUCAGGAGAUGUACUAUUCCACAAAGAGACAGGCAUUUUUGGUCGAUCAGGGUUACGCUUUCAAGAUUAUUACCCACUUGAAUGGAAUGGAGAAUCUUCCGAACUUGGCAUACUCGACUCCAAAGGAGAGAAGGGAGUUACUUCAGGAAGUUUUGUUGAAGAACGAGGAGGCAGCAGGCGUGGAAUUGGGAGAGGAUUCGGAGAAUUUGAUUGGCCACGGUGUCUCAAAGAGAAUUAAAACAUCAUCUUCCAGAGCAGUUAAAAACCAGAGUUCGCUUUCUGGUCUGGCUGGAGGUGAGGACAUGGCAUAUGUGGAAUAUUCCAGAAACCAAAACAAGGAAUUGGCAUCCCACCAUCCGUUCUUCCAGAAGAAUUACUACCGGAAGAAGAUGAGAUGA